AUGUUGAGCCUGUGGAACUACCGCAACGCGUGCGCGGCUGCCCUGCAGAUAAAUGCCAGGGAGAUCAGCUCCUGUGAUUUUGCGGCUGCCACCGAGGUGGUCACGAAUGUCAGCGAGGUGCCGGAGGCUCACAAGAAGCACAUGGCCGACAGCGAGAAAGAGAAGGGCAACGAGGCCUUUUACUCAAAAGACUUCACGGAGGCCGAGGCCUACUACACCAGAAGCCUUCAGUACCAGGCGGACGAUGCGUCUGCCUGGACGAACCGCGCACUCGUGAGACUCAAGCUCGGCAAUCCUCAGGGAGCUCUGGAGGACUGCGAGCACGCGCUGGCGCUGAAUGGCAGCCACAUCAAGGCGCUCCACCGCAAAGGAAAGGCGCUCUACGAGCUGCAGCGAUUUGCCGACGCUGCGAGCGGCGAGCCACACCCAGACCUGGCGCUGAACUUGAAUGUGGUGGAUGUGCAGAACGGAGUCGGGGUCUUGAUCGGCUGGAGAUUCAACGGCACCGGCCAUGGUAACGACGAGACGGUGCCCGAAGGCUUCGUGCGCAUCCGCUUCGCCGCCCAUGAAAUGCGUCAGAACCCCUGCCUGAACGUCGCGGCUCGGUACGUGACCUUCGUUCCCAAGGAGGACGUGGUCCUCAAGGAGCAGCGCAUCGGUGUGCGCGUUCGGAGGGGGCCCGACUGGAAGUGGGGGAACCAAGACGGCGGUGCUGGAAACUGGGGGACCACCGUGGUGGACUCAGACCCCGAUAUGCCGCUCAGAUGGAUCAAAGUGCAGUGGGAUCACGGCGAGAAGAAGUCCUACCGCGUGGGCGCUGAGGGUAAGUACGACCUCAUCUUUGCGGUCGAAGAUGGCGAUGUCGUCGAGGAUGCCGAACCCGAAGUGGACCAGGGCCAUGACGAAGAGUGGCUGAGCCCAGAUCAUGCCCAGGAGUACGAAUGCCCGGUCUGCAAGUGCGUCUGCCGAGCCGCGGUGUUCCACGAGGCCUGCACGAAGCUCUUCUGCGAACUCUGCUGGCACAAGGUCUUCGGCCAAAGAGAGGAGUGCCCUGUUUGCCGGCAGGGGGGUGAUGUGGAGCCCUCGAACAGAGACCGGGUCAAGAUCAUGAACCUGAAGAUCAAGUGCCCCAACGGCUGCCAAGCGACCUUUCCCUUGGUGGACAAGCGAAGCCACCUUCGAAUCUGCCCACGUCGGAAGGUCCGCUGCCACGACUGUGGGAAGGCCAUUAGCCUCGACUCGAUGCCCCAGCAUCAGAUCGAGUGCGAAGCCAAGUCGCUGCUGUGCAAGAUCUGUGGCGAAAGGGUGUUGGCCAAGCAGAUCAACACGCACUUGGAAGCAAAUGCGGGCAAGCACAUCUCUGCUUUGCUGGAUAAGAUCAGCGAAAUGGAGUCGAGCUCGCAAAAGCAGACGCAGGCGCUCCAGGCGCGUAUCGAGAGGCUCGAGGAGGAGGUCCUGGAACUGAAAGCAGGUGCGCUUGAGGUGAACCCACUGACGGCACCAGAGGUUUUGGACUUCACAUGA